GUUGAGGCGACCGCCGUCACCUCGCAACCAGCCACAACAAACUUCAGAGGACACAGUACCGCUAACAAGCUAACCAGCGAGUCUUAGUAUACGUUAUGCUAAAGGGAAAUAACAGGACCGAACAGCUUAGUUUUAUAGAAAAUGGUGAAACAGACGAUACAAAUAUUUGGUCGCAUUAAACCUACUAAGAAACCUGUGUCGGUGUACUCUGUGGACACUGAGGAGACGACAGGUGCUUUUCUGGAGUUUGUGGUGCCCAGGGACCUGGCUGAUGGUUUUGUAAACAACAAGAGGGAGUGCUACAAGUUCAGGUUCCAGAAAGUUUUUGAUCAAGCAGUCAAACAAGAAGAGAUAUUUGAAAACAUUGCCAGACCGGUUGCAGACAGUAUAUUGGAUGGCUAUAAUGGCACCAUAUUUGCCUAUGGCCAAACGGGCAGUGGAAAGACCUUUACCAUCACAGGAGGUGCAGAGCGCUACAGUGAUCGUGGCAUUAUUCCCCGCACCCUGUCCUACCUGUAUGAACGCAUCAGCCAGGGCAGCAGUAUGGUUUACACCACACACAUCUCCUACCUGGAGAUCUACAACGAGAUAGGAUAUGACCUUCUGGAUUCCUGUCAUGAAGCAUCUCGACUGGAAGAUCUACCAAAAGUAAUGAUCAUGGAGGAUCCAGACCAAAACAUCCAUCUCAAGAACCUGUCACUUCAGUACUCAGCAAAUGAGGAGGAGGCUCUGAAUCUGCUCUUCCUGGGUGACACUAACCGUAUGAUUGCAGAAACGCCAAUGAACCAAGCAUCCACACGCUCCCACUGUAUUUUCACUGUGCACUUAUGCAGACGUGAGCAGGGCUCGGCCACCCUGCGGCGCUCCAAGCUCCACCUGGUGGACCUGGCUGGAUCUGAUAGAGUUAGCAAGACUGGCCUGAAUGGGCAACUGCUUACUGAGGCCAAGUACAUCAACCUCUCCCUCCACUACCUGGAGCAGGUGAUCAUAGCUCUGUCAGAGAAGAACCGCACCCAUAUUCCAUACAGGAACUCCAUGUUGACCUCUGUGCUGAGGGACAGCCUUGGGGGCAACUGCAUGACUACAAUGAUUGCCACUUUGGCAGUGGAAAAGAGGAACCUUGAUGAGUCCAUCUCUACAUGCCGCUUUGCUCAGCGAGUGGCUCUCAUCAAGAAUGAGGCCAUACUGAAUGAAGAACUGGAUCCUACUCUGGUUAUUGCACGUUUGAAGAGGGAGGUCCAGUCUCUUAAGGAAGAGCUGGCCAUGGUGACGGGAGAACAGAAGAAUGAAAAGCUCACUGUGGAGGAGAUCCAGAAGUUGGAAGAGUUAGUCAAAGCCUUUCUUGAUGAGCCUAAUCCAGAUGUGACACUAUCAUUGGGGCCAGAUAUGAGAAAAAUCCAGCACUGUUUCUCCUUGCUGAAGAUGGUGAUCAUGGGCAAGCAAGGACAAAGAGGAAAUAGCCUUGGUGAUAAACAGGAGUCACCAGCAGCAACAGUGAGUGAAGAAGUAAUUCAAAACAGCUACCACAGCACAGCAGAAGUGAAAAAAUUAAAGGAGAUGUUGGUGCAACGUAAUAACGAGAUCACAGGUAUCCUGAUUAAGAUGUUAAAGAAUGAGAAAAGCAGGGCCCAGGAUGCUGCUGCUCAGCUGGCUAACAUCACCAAUAGCCAGAGCCCAGCCUCCCAGAAUGCCUUGAUGUUGUCCACGCUGCCAGCGAGGGAUGGAAGCACAGAAACCUUCUCUGCAGACCCUGGAGAACCAGCUGUACGAUACAUGAAAAAAGGUCCACAGUUCUCUAUAGGGAAGCAAGAGGCAUUUGAGACCUUUAUGAGUGACCAUGAGGACCAUCUGACCAUUGAAGACAACAAGAAGCUACUUAAACAGAGGGCAACUGAGGCCAGAAGACUUGGGGAACAACUAAAUGAAGCCAGAGAGAGAAUCAAUGAGUUGAAGAAGCAGUUGGCGAUGCAGAGGAAGCAAAGGGCAGCUCAUGGUGUCUUGGGAAAUCCCAAGGAAGCUAAGGAGGAGAUUGACCCAGUGGAAGAAAACUUGUGCAAACACAUAGAGCAAGAAAAAAUGUUUUACAAGACCACCACUGGCCGUCUAAAAGUUCUGCGAACAGAGAUUGAGCACCUGCAGCUGUUGCUGGAGAGGACAAAAGUCAAGCUCCAAAAAGACUUCCAGAAGUGGUGGAGCCAGGAGGCUUCCUGUGUGCAGGAGUCUGAGUUAAAGGCCACAGCCAGAUGUCACACAGGGUUGCCAAGAGGAACCAUGCAGCCAUCUCCACCUGGCAAUCCAGUAUUUUGUGCACCUGUGAGCAGUCCUGUGAGAAAUGCGCCGGUCAGCCCAGAUCCAAAUCCAAACUGUUCCACUGCUUCUGUUCACAAUCUCAGAAGUUUGGUCACCAAAAGCAUACCUCCCUUGACAGCUGUCCCAGCAUGGCAUGAUGAGUCCCUGGGUGGAAGAGCGACUGACGUCACUCCUUCCUCUGAGUGGAGGGCCCUGUCAACUACCAAGCUCUCAUCCUCCUCUAUCCCCUUGACUGGAGACCAACAGGCUGAUGCUGACAUUCUGGCCUUUGUCAGAGCCAGGCAAAGCCUCCUCAGCAGGAUAGCCACUCCUAAGCUGGAUAGCAACUGUGUUUUGACAGGAAAGCCCCUCUCCGUGGUUGUUUGGUAACCCCUGCAUGGUGCUAUUCCUCCUGUCGAGAAAGCUUCGAAGCCACAAGUGCAUGCUAGGAAGUGUAGGGAACCUGGCAAAAAGCAACAGACAGCACAGUAUGUCACACCAACAUCAAUGACAGCGCAAAGUUCUGGUGAAGCAUCCAGGCCAUGAAGAUACUGUCAUCUCACUGCUUAUACAGCCCCACAACCGUCAAGUGAUUGAAUGAUACUCAAACAUAUAUGAGGCAUUAAUGAGUAUAGAUGGACUUUAUAUGUAUGCGUAUAGACAGUUAUCUAAACUGGAUCCAAAAUGUAUUAGAUUUGUUAUGAAGAGACACCUCUAUCAAACACAAGCCACACAUCUGUCUGAAUUUACAUGCAUACAUACCUGUUAAACUUAUGGGGGAGAGGCUGGUGUUACAUAUUGGGCAGCUGUAAAAUCCCCACUCCCUCCGGCUAUUUGAUCUGAACAAAUGUUGUCUCAAGAUAUCAGAGGAAGCAGCGGACAAAAGGAAACCAGUCAGCUCCAGUGUGUUUGACUUGAUGUGUCAUGACUUUUUAAAUGGCCACAUGAAGUGUCGAUAUGCACAAUGAAAUGUCAUAUAUCUGUGUGGUUUUGUUUGAAUUGAUUUUAAGUGUGACACAUUUUGUGUAAAAUGCUGUAAAUAUAAAUGUGUACUAUAUGUGCUAGUUAACCUAAUCAUUUCUGAUCUUAUGUAAAAUGAAUAGUGUUGGUGUUGUUAUCUGUACAAAGUAUAGAAUCAAAUAAUAAAGCUGAGUAAUGACAAAAUGUGAACAGCCAA